CCGGGGCUGGCUGCCUGGCGCUGCUCUCGGCCGGGGCUCCAGUGCCAGCCUGCCUGCCUGCCUGCCUUGCUCCCGGGGAUGGCUGCAGGGCGUCGGGGCCCGGCGUCGGGGUCCCGGGCGGCGCUGGGGGCCUUGGGGGGGCUGCUGCUGGGCCAGGGCUGCUGCUGCCGGUCUUCCUUCUCCUCCGGGGGCAACGCCAGCCUCUGCUGCCCGGGGCCCCUGGCUCCCCCUCGGGCUCCUGGCCCUCCGGGCUCCUCCUCCUCCUCCUCGCUGGGCGCCUGGCUGGAGACGGCCGGCUGGCUGGUGCGGAAGCUCUCGGGGCUGCUGAUCCUGGGGCUGCUCUUCGGGGUGGGAUGCUUCCUCCAGAGGCUCAUCUGCCCCAGAGCCAGAGCCAGAGGCAGCAGCGCCCGGGAGCAGGAGCUGGAGAGCCCCGGGGAAGGCAGCUCCUCUUCCGAGGCCCGGGGCAGGGAGGCCAGCUCGCAGGACUCGCUCCUGGAGCCGCCUCCCCCGCCGGCCCCGGCCUCGCCGCCCUUCUUCCUCCGGCUGCCCAGCUACGAGGAGGUCAAGGAGCUGCCCAGCUACGAAGAGUCCCUCCGGGGCCUCCCUCUCGGCCGCCGGGACCCCGCCGGGGAAGCAGCCCUCCAACUCGCCUCCCGCGCCCUCAGCUAAGGCUGCGUCCGCACUGCAGAGACAACCCGCUUUAGCCCUCCAAGGCCGGGGACUGCGCUCUUUGUUGCCGAUGAUGCUGCGGCUGCUUCUGGCUCCCGGCCGCCUUUCUUCGGAGGGGCUCCUGCCAUCGCCAGCCUCUGAGGCUGAGAGAGUGUGACUCGCCCAGGAGCGAGGAUUCGGACCCUGGUCUCCAGAGGCCUCGGGCCCAAGGCUCCCUCCCUUCAAGUGCCUGGAGACCGUCUCUUCCUUCCUUCCUCGGAGUCCGGGGGGGAGGCAUCUGGAGCCUCUCUUGUCUCCCCAGAAAAGAUUCCGAAGGAAAGACUCUUUUCUCGAUCUUUCGGGGGUUUCGCUUCUGUUUUCCUGGGACGGCAUUGUCUUGAAUCCAAUUUUCUCGCUGCGGUGCGUUCGCACUGGAGAAAUAAUCCGGUUUCGGAGCGCUUUGACAGCCAAGGGCUCGAGGCUCUGGAAUUCUGGGAAUGGUAGCUUUGCUCUGGUGCCACAACCAACUGCAGCUCCCCGAAUUUCCCAGCACUGAGCCAGGGCAGUCCAAAAGCGGUGUCAAACUGGAUUAUCCCCGCAGUGCAGAUGCACCCGGAGCCAGCUGGGGAGAUGGAUCUUUAAAGGGAGGUGAGGACUUUGAAUCUAGUAGGACUGAUGGCUAACCCUCCUGCCGAGCCUCUUCCCCCUUUGGACCCGGCCCUUGCUGCGGGAGAAUGGAGGGACUGGUCCUUCCAGAAUAAAGGCAGAAUG